AUGACGGUUCGGGUUGAUGUCAACGUCUUUGAUGGCAAGGAGGAGAAGGCCAAGAAGACCAACUGCGUCCCCCUUAAAGAAUUCAGCAUCAACAAGACGCUCUCAGACAUACGAAAAGCACUGAUCGACAAUGGUGGUCUCGACGCUAGCAGUGCGACUGGCGCCCAGGUCAAUGAUUCUACAUCGUUUGCAGACUACUUGGAGAUUCUCUCCGAGAAUGUUGAGAAGGAUGAGGAGAAACCUGAGAAUUCCACCAAAGUUACGGUCCAUAAUGUCUACAUAAAGGCAAAAGACAAAAAACGCACCGAUCGGAAGGCAGAGGCAAAAGAGCUCAUCAAGCAGGAGCUGAACUUGAAACUGAGUGACAAGCCCGAGCUACUUCAGACGUCGCUGGAACAACUAGCGAGCUCCUUCAAUCGCGGAGACUGGGUGGCCGAAGGCAAUGAGACAUCUGUGUAA